AUGCUGCCUGUACGUUCGGUUGCCAACCUGGCCGUCCGCAAUGCGGCGUUCCUGUCUCGCGGGUAUCAUGGACCCAGCAACUUCCGCGUGUACACAAUGAACGAUAUGCCCGUCCCAGAGGGUGACUUCUUCGAAGAGCACCGACGCAAGAACCGAGUGUACAAUACCAUGCUUGCUGCCGGCAUUGUUAUUUUUGGCAUCACCCUGACUGUGGCCAAACAGAGCGGAUUGAUCUACCUUAACUACAGCCCGCCGAAAAGCCUAGAUUAA